AUGAUUGCUAAAUUUGAAGUUAUUAACAAGGAUAUAGAAGAGAAGAGUGAGGUUAAUAAAAUGCUGUUAAAAUAUAAUAAAGACAAUAAGGAAGAGUUUAAAAAACAGUGCAAUUACUUUAUACAAUUUAAAUGUUCUCAGAAAUCGCAGGAAUCAUACAUCGAUGAUAAUUCGAAAAACCAAAUAGUAGAUCAUGAUGAAAAACUAUCUAUAACCGAAAAUCAAAAAUUAGAUGAUCCUAUAAAAGAAAAUAAGGACAUCAGUAUAAUAGUGAAGCUGAAUAAAAAUCAAACAAUUAAUUUAAAUUUAUUUUUUAAUAGAACUGUAGAACUGUUAAAAGAAGUGUUACAAGACAAAAUUAUUAAUGACUUGGAUCUUCAAGAAAAAAAUUACAUUAACAAAGACCCUGACUUAAGUGUAGACAAGACUCUUGAUCUGUUUAGUGAGUUAGAGAUGGAUGAGUUUUUAAGGGUUAGCAACUCUUUCAAUGAAUUACAGCCUCUUGACGAAAGCUAUGAUGAAACAUCAAGUCUAGAAAAAGUUCUUAUUAUGUUAGAUAAAGAAUCGGAAGAUCUGUUGUAUAGUAAAAUAAGAGAUCAGAAUGAAAAAUUACUACUAUUUAGAGAAACUAAGCUUGAUAAUAAUUCUUCUAAGCAAGCUUGUACCUUGAAGAGCAAUUUCAAUAAAAAAUCUAAAGAUCAGAAUAGGUCAAGAUACAAAAGAGCCCAAAACAACUAUAUCGCAAAAAAAUGCACUGACCCUAAAGAAAUUAAGAAUCUUGAGACUGAUAAUGAGAAGGUUGAAGGAUUUAGUCUUGAAAAAUUGUAUAAUGAAGGUAGUGUUUGGAUAGCAAUAGAAGAAAGUGAGUUAGAGUGCAGCCUAGUAUCAAAUAAUAUGAGAUGA